AUGAAGCUGAUGAAGGCAGUAUUGUUGGUGUGUGUGUGUCUAAGUGGGUUGCCUACCUGGAGUGUGUGUUUUUCACAUGGAGCUUCAGCAGCUACCUGCAUGGACAUGAAGCCUGGCCACAUCAGCGCACAAGCACAGCACACUCGCACAGCGUCUGCAGUAACUAUACUCACCAGCCGCACAGUCUAUCUACCACAGCACACACUCAUGGUGAAUGUGCACAGCUCUCGAGCAUUUAUGGGUCUUCUGCUGCAUGCACGCUCUGUAGUGGAGGACCAUGUGGUUGGAGGCAAGUUCACACUCCACCCUCUGGGAACACACACACUCUCCUGUCUGUCUACUGCAGACACAGUUACACACUCCGACAAGCUACUGAAGAGGAACCUGUCCUUCACCUGGAGGGCCCCAGCUCAGCCUAGUGGGGACUUAAGAUUCUAUAUCACAGUGGUCCAUUCCUAUUUCGUUUACCAGACUCGGAUCCACUCCGCUGUGGUCACGAAAACAACGCAUUCUACAAUUCCAGAUAGCGGGAUCAAAACUGGAGGUGGAGUCAAAGCCGAGUUGGGGGUGGGGCUUGUGUCUCAGCCGGUCCUGCUGCUGCUGCUGUCGCUGGCUCUGUUGGUGGCACUGGCCGUCUAUGUCCAGAGGAAACACUGUGUCCAGCGCAGCGGCGUGUCUCUGAGCGACAGCAGGCAGGAAAGUGCAGGAAUGAGACACAUGCAGGAGUGCGGAGAGCUCGUCCAGCUGCGCAGGAUCCAAGAGAACAGCCUGCUGCUGCUGCAGGCCCAGUACGACAUCAUUACAGCACCAGGGAACUAACAGACUGACUGA